CAGAGCAUCCGGCGCGACGACUCCGCUUCUUCCGGCGGGCAAGAUGGCGUCGGGGCGUGCGGUGCCGAGUGACUUGUUCCCGCUGGUGCUCGGCUUCUUGCGGGAGAACCAUUUCGAUAAGGCGGCGCGGGCUUUUGGGAAAGCGGCUGGAGUGACUGAGCAAGAUCCAAAUGCUGCUUCUCUCCUUGAUAUCUUCAAUUAUUGGCUAAAAUCACCUAUUGCCAAAAAACAGCGAGCAUUGACCAAUGAGUCUCCUGCAAAGAAGACAAAGAAAGAAUCAUUAUCUAGGUACGAAAGUUCCAGUGAAAACGAAAUUCCUCCAGUCAAAAAACAAGCUGCAAAACCAGUGACUAAGCUCCCAGUAUCACUAAAGGCAACUCCAGGCAGCUCUGACAGCAGCAGUACUGACACCAGCGAUUCCACAGACUCUGAGCAAGAAAAGAAGAAUCAAGCAAAGAAGGGAAUAGUUCUCCAAUCAACCGUCCAAAAAACAAAGCCCCAGAAGACAUCUAAGAGUUCGGAUUCAAGCAGCUCAGAAGAUGAAACGCCAAAGCAACAACUACCAAAAUCAGAAAGAGCCCCAAAAGUCACAAAACUGGCCUCUACAUCAGCAAAACCUACCAAGCCGACGUCCAGAACUACCAAUGGCAAAGCAGAGAGUAGCAGUAGUAGCAGCAGUGAUGAGACGAAUAGUGAGGAUUCCAGCUCUGAAGAGAAUCAGCCUGUCAAAGGUAAGCUGAAGAAACUUCCACAGCACAAAAACAACACUGCCCAGCCACUUCCAGUCAAAAACAAGCCUGGGAAGAAGAGCAGCAGUGAGUUUUCUUCUUCUUCUUCUGAUGAUGAUGAUUCAGAACAUGAAAAACUAGCCCCAAAGCCCAAGCGUGGAGAGUACUCUGCUGUGCCACCCCCUUUAGCCAUAGAAGCAACGAAAGGCAAAGCACACCCCACUAAAAAGACCUCUAAGAAGAAGGGAGAAGAUAGUAAGAAAAAAGAGCAAGCAAAGAAACCGUCAACUGAAGGGUCUGUGGUUAAAAAAGCAUCUGCCUCCAAAUCUCUUCCUGUUCAUAUCCAAAAAGGACAUAAUUCUUCGGAGAGUGAUUCAGAUUCUAGCUCUGAAGAAGAAGAAAAGAAAGUUUUGGUCAAAUGCUCUGCCAAAGCCAUUUCAGCAAACGGUGCUGCUAAAUCCGUUCCAUCCAAGAAAGCGAGCAGCUCCUCUGAUUCCUCAGAUUCUGAUAGUUCUGACAGUGUUCCUGAGAAAUGCGCAGUUAAGACAAGCAUAAAGAAAGGGAAAAAACCUCCCGCAGUGCCAGCAAAGAAAGUGGAAAGUAUCGUUCAAGAUAAGACUGUUCAUAAAAAAAAAGGCACAAAGGCUGUCAAAACAGCGCCCAAAUCCAGCACCCCUGUCUCUAAACCAAAGAGUUCUGAGUCAAGCAGCUCAAGCAGUGAAGAAGAGACUCAGCCAACCCAGAAAGCAGCUAGCAAACUCUCAGGGCCUAGCAGUUUGGUCAACAGCAAGCAAAGCCCAGCUGAGAGCAGAACCUCUUCCGAGAGUUCCUCUGAUGAACAGUUUAAAGUAUCUGAACGAAGAGAAAGAAAGAGAGAACAAAAUAAUUGCAAAGCAGCAAAAAAAGCGCUAAAACCCUCAGCCAACUUGGUGGGCAAAACACCUGCAUCAAAGACUUCAACAUCUGAAGCGCUGAAUACGGCAAACAGUAGUAGUUCUGAUGAAGAGGCCACAAAAGAAGCAGGCUUAUCCCCAAAAAAGCGGAAAAGGAAAAAUGAACAAGAGUUGGAGACACCGGAUAUCAAGAAGAUGAAAGCCAGAAGUCCUCAUACAUUCCCAAAAUCAAAGCAGCAAUCCAGUCCUUUUCGCAGAAUAAGAUCAGAAGAAAUAGAAAUAGAUAUGCGAGUAGCAAACAAUUCCUUCGAUGCCAAGAAAGGAGCUAUGGGUGACUGGGGUGAAAAAGCAAAUGAUGUUCUGAGAUUUACAAAAGGUAAAUCCUUCCGACAUGAGAAGACGAAGAAGAAAAGGGGAAGUUAUUGUGGUGGCACUAUCUCUACACAGAUAAACUCCAUCAAAUUUGAAAGUGAUUAAACUUUGGAAGGGGAUUCCAAUUAAACUCAAAAGUUUCUAACUUUGCAUCAUUUUAUGUUACAGCACACCUGAUAAGGUGAUAAAUAAACAUACCUUAUUUUUAAUUCUUA